UCACAGCCAAAAAAAGGCUGGUCCCAGAAAUUAGCAGUUUCAGCUCAGCAGCAAAGUCGUCGGGCUGUGAAGGCAGAGAGAAAUUGACUAAUUAGCAAUGCGCACUAAAACUUGACGGUUCUCUCUAUAACAGCGAGGGAAAGACUCGGUUUUUCUCCCCCUUUCUCUUUUCUUUCUUCCAUAGAUGUUUGAAAUCGCAGUCAUUUACGCUCGACAGUUUUUACAAUAGCCUUGAGCCAUAAUUUUGCGAGUCUCUCCAGCAUCCAUACCCCUGCAUGGUCUCUCUCCACCGGCCAUGCACGACCGUUUCUCUCCCCAACCGUGGAUUUCCUAUUACUCUCGUUACGACUCACUGAGCCCCAGGCCCAAGGAUAAUGAUGUGUUGUUUCUUGGUAGCAUAAUUUGUCACACGUAUAUUUCUUCUUCUUCUUCUCUUGCAGAAAGCACAGCUCCCUCUCACACACUCACACACUUCUUGUUAAUUCAGAAGAACAAAUGAUCAACGUCAACAAAUAACCCGAAAUAGUGACUUUGUGAGUUGGAAUCAAUGGUUAUUUUGAGGCGCCGCCGACUGUAGACUUUAACGGAAAGGACGUUUCUCAAAAGGAGAACAAAGGAAAAUUCAAGUGAGAUUAUUGGGAACCUGAAGGUUACUUUUCUUUUUUGACACGAGCCGAAGUCAGGUGGCGUUCACAGUCAGGAAGUCAUGUCCAGAUCGGGCGAUAGAACAUCCACCUUUGACCCAACACACAGUGACACCCUCCUGCACGGGCUCAACCUCUUAUGGAGAAAGCAGCUUUUCUGUGAUGUAACGCUCACAGCCCAGGGACAGCAGUUCCACUGCCACAAAGCCGUGCUGGCGUCCUGCUCCCAGUAUUUCAGGUCUCUCUUCUCAUCCCACAAUGUGAUCAACAACGAGGGGAGCAAAGGGGACCAGGGAAGCAGUGGGACCCCGUCCUCCUCUCCCGAUGACAAGCUGAUGACCCCCAGCGCCAGGCCCAUCAAUAACCUGGUGCUCCAGGGCUGCUCUUCCAUUGGAUUACGAUUAGUGCUGGAGUAUUUGUACACGGCAAAUGUGACUCUUUCCCUGGACACGGUGGAAGAAGUGUUGUCAGUCAGCAAGAUCCUCAACAUUCCCCAGAUUACUAAGCUCAGCGUGCAGUUCCUCAAUGACCAGAUCUCGGUGCAGAACUACAAACAGAUCUGCAAGAUCGCCGCCCUUCAUGGACUGGAUGAGACCAAGAAGCUGGCCAACAAGUACCUGGUGGAGGAUGUGCUGCUGCUGAACUUUGAGGAGAUGUGCGCCAUGCUGGACGCUCUGCCGCCCCCCGUGGAGUCGGAGCUGGCCCUGUUUCAAAUGUCGGUCCUGUGGCUGGAGCAUGACCGGGAAACUCGCAUGCACUACGCGCCGGACCUGAUGAAGAGGCUGCGCUUUGCCCUCAUACCCGCGCCAGAGCUGGUGGAGAGGGUGCAGUCGGUUGACUUCAUGAGGAGCGACCCCGUGUGCCAGAAGCUGCUGCUGGACGCUAUGAACUACCACCUGAUGCCUUUUAGGCAACACUGCAGGCAAACCGUGGCCAGCAGAAUCCGUUCCAAUAAGAGAAUGCUGCUGCUGGUGGGUGGUUUGCCCCCUGGACCCGAUCGUCUCCCCAGCAAUUUGGUCCAGUACUAUGACGACGAGAAAAAGACAUGGAAGAUCCUCACAAUUAUGCCUUACAACAGCGCCCAUCACUGCGUGGUGGAGGUGGAGAACUUCCUGCUGCUGCUGGGCGGAGAGGACCAGUGGAACCCCAACGGAAAGCACAGCACCAACUUCGUCAGCCGCUACGACCCCAGGUUCAACAGCUGGAUACAGUUGCCCCCCAUGCAGGAGAGGAGAGCCAGUUUCUUCGCGUGCCGCCUGGAGAAGCACCUGUAUGUGAUCGGUGGGAGGAACGAGGCGGGCUACCUGUCCAGCGUGGAGUCCUACAACCUGGAGACCAACGAGUGGAACUACGUGUCGUCCCUGCCGCAGCCCCUGGCUGCUCACGCCGGAGCGGUGCACAACGGCAAGAUCUACAUCUCAGGAGGAGUACACAAUGGCGAGUACGUGUCCUGGCUCUACUGUUAUGACCCCAUAAUGGAUGUGUGGGCCAGGAAGCAGGAUAUGAACACAAAGCGAGCUAUUCAUGUCCUGGCGGGGAUGAACGACCGCUUAUAUGCUAUUGGAGGAAACCAUUUGAAAGGCUUUUCCCAUUUAGACGUGAUGCUGGUCGAGUGCUACGACCCCAAAGCGGACCAGUGGAACAUCCUGCAGACGCCCAUCCUGGAGGGUCGCAGCGGCCCGGGCUGUGCUGUGUUGGAUGACAGCAUCUUCCUCGUGGGCGGCUAUAGCUGGAGCAUGGGGGCCUAUAAGUCCUCCACCAUCUGCUACAGCCCAGAGAAAGGAACAUGGACAGAGCUGGAGGGAGAGGUGGCGGAGCCCUUAGCGGGUCCGGCCUGCUCCACAGUCAUACUACCCGCCUGCCUCCCCUUCAACAAAUGACAACUAAUCCCAGCGAAGGGCAGCGAGGUCGGGGAGCAGCAGAGUGACUGGGGGGAGGACCACCAAUAAGCAAAACACUUGUCCACAACUGUGUGACAAUUUUACGGAGGCGUGUAUAAAUUAUUUUUUUACAGGUUUGACCAGAGCACUUUCGUUAUUCCUCAAAAAAACAAAAACAAAUGAAUUGUGUAGCUCAUGUAUUUAAACUCGUGUGUUUUGAGAAAUGGUUUCAUAUUUGCUUUUUUUAAGCUGAUAGUACGUGUUUUUGGCUUCUCUUCUAUAGCACGCAUAGUGUUGAUGAAUUAUAGCUUUCCAAUCCAUUGUAUCUUGUAUUCAGUAGAUGCAUAAUUCCAACAUAACGCCGUGUUGUGUGAUGGACUGACACUGCUGCAGAAGGGGUUCAGUAAAACUAGGGCUGGGUGAGUUGCUCUGAUGAUCCCAGUGUAUAAAUAUUCCUCAUGGCUCAUGUUCAUUUUUCUGGCUGUACCGUGACUUAACCUGCUGUCUCACCUGGCUGGAUCGUUGUCUUUGUCAUGGACAUUUUUUAAUAAAGCGCCUUCAACAGUCGUCAUUGUUGGUUUGAGGCAAAGACGAGAAGGUGUCCACGUCACCCAGCCCUAAUUUUGUAACUAAUUAUCUGUAUAACUCGUUGAACGUAAGAGUUUCUUACAGGUUCUCUGCUCGACAGACUAGAACUUGCCAAACUUGUGUCGCAAGAAAAAAACUAAAGAAAAACUAUUCACAGAUUUACCAUUGGUUCCUAAAGCUGGUUUUCAUAUAAGUUAUACUACGACGGUACAAUCAAAUUGUAACUGCUCGCUCAUGGAUGUGUGGGGGGCAUGUUUGGGGAGGAGGUGGUCCUUUGCUUUGUUCUUCUUUACAGGUUGAUGUUAACCGGCCUGUUGAUGAGGCCCGACGUCAGCUCCAUGAAAGUCUAAUCUGUAAUGUAUGAAAAACAAACACAGUGGCUCCUGAUGCACUAACGGUGAACUCUGAAUUCCGCCAAUCCAGUUCACCGAAAUGUAAAGUUAUUAAUGUGAUGUGUGUUUAAAAAGAAACGUCAUCACAGAUGAACCCAUUGCAGUCGACGUCAUUAGGUUUAAAGGUUGACGCUAAAUAUCGAUGCAGUAACUGACUUCAUUCUUGUACAUAUUCGCUUGCAGUGAAACAUUUUUGUGCACUUAACCUUGGAUUUAUUCUCAAAUCCUGUUAUGUCCUUUGCAUUUUAGAACAUAAAAAUAAAUUGAAUCUUGAUUCUAAUGCCAAUUUUGUUCUUUGACAUUGAGACAGAGAAUUGGUUUAAUCUGUAGUUAAAUAUGUUUUAAUGUAUUUUAUUUGUUUUUAUUUAAUCCUAACUGGAAGGUCUGAGUCGUUUGUUUAACAAGCAGCACAUUGGUUUGUAAAAUUCUGAAAUUCUGUGAAAUGAACCAAACACUUGUCACUUCGAGUGACGAUGCUUGACUGAAAACACUGGACCCAUAAAAUGUUUGAAC